CUCCAUCAGUUGCAUUGUUUGGACCACCUUCGCAAGGUCCUCAAUCCAGCACGCUACAACUCGACCAUGUCCAAGACAUUCCAAAGCUAUCAUACCGACCACUGCAUCGACCUGAUCCGUCAGUCGAUUCAAUGCCAAUCGGACAUCACGCUCAAUCCAACCCGCUGGUGGCCCGCAUUAGGCGGUACGGGCAGGAACUUCAUCGACACCGACAGACCGCAUACGUGCCGCAACUUCGGCAAGAUUCGAGAGUGGGCACAUGGACGUUAU